UCCCUCCACCCCAGCAACCUCAGAUCCCACCAAUCAGGAACGGACAUAUGAAGGAAGAACUGGUGGAACUGAUGAUGAUACAGAACGCGCAGAUGCAUCAAGUGAUCAUGAACAACAUCACCAUGGCAGCACUCUCCAGCUUCGGGUACAACACACAGCCACAGUACGUCAAACAGAACCCAAUAUCAAUCAGAAUGGAAGAGAGUGAGCCAGACACAGUUUGUCACCAUCACUACGAAUCCUGGCCGUACCCUUCGUAUCCCUCAUGGCCAACACUGCCACCCCAGGUCCAGCCUCAGACAUACCAUACAAUGAGAUUACCACAGGGGAGCCUGCAGCCAGCAGUGCGGCACAUCAGCAGGGAUGGACCUCCAAAUCCCCGCAGAGAGUUUCAAGCUGUUCCUCCACCCCCACCACCAAGUGCCACAGGGACAGUGGGAGCAGACGUCCUCCCGGCCUCAGAGUAUUACGACUUGGCUGAUGGUCAGAUAUGACAGCCCCUUCUGCUCGAUGGAGAUUCUUUCAUGGACCACACAUCCGGCUCAACAACUGAUGAGACCCAAGUGCCUGGGAGCUGACGGCUAAUGCAGUGACUUUCUGUUAAUGUCCCA